AUGAAGUCCUUCACCGUCGCAGCCAUCCUCGCCGCCGCGACCUCCCUGGUCAGCGCGGCGCCGGCCACCCCGACCGGCGGCAACCCCUGCGACGUCAUCCGGUGCGCAUCCGGCACCAUCUGCCAGGUCAGCGCAGACGGGACGACCGGCCGGUGCGUGCCCGAGGCGGAGCAGCAGUGCGGCGAAGACGUCGUCUGCGGCCACGGCAGCCGCUGCUGCAACCCCAUCAGGGGCAUCUGCGUCAGCCCGCCCAACAUGUUCUGCAUCAUGAGCGGCCCGGUGUUCAACGAUGACGACGACGACGACGACGAGAGCACCACCACCACCACCACCACCACCCCGGCAGAGCCGACGGCACCGGCGCCGGCAGGCCCCUGCGACGACGUCGUCUGCACGGGGACCACCAUCUGCCGGCCCAGCGAGGACGCCAGCUCGGCCGAGUGCGUGCCGAUCGCGGAGCAGCAGUGCGGACCGGACGUGGUCUGCGCGCACGGCCAGCGCUGCUGCAAUCAGUUCCUGGGCAUCUGCAUCACGCCGCCCGACAUGGCCUGCCCGCGCAUCGCCGCUGCCCCGGUGCAGCAGCUCGAGCAGAAGAUGGAGGAGGAGGAGCAGCAGCAGCAGCAGCAGCAGCAGCAGCAAAGCAACGGUACGGUCUGCGGGUCCAACAUCUGCCAGGCGGACGAGACGUGCUGCAACGCGAGCUGUGGCUACUGCACUAAGCCCGGCCAGGGCUGCACCAAGGAGUUUUGCCUCCCGGAGUCGGGUCCCCGGUGCGGCAGGGAGACGGUUUGCCCCGUCGGAUGGGAGUGCUGCAACGAAAGCUGCGGGACGUGCGUCCUCCCCGGUAAUAGCUGCACGAUGCAGUUCUGCGGCAAUUGA